UAACAACCCAAAUCCAAUCCACAGCACAAGGCGAUAACACUUUGGCGCGCAUUCGGUAACCCGAAUCCGGCAACUUAUUACAGAGCUUCGCCUGUAAUCCAAUCUCUUCUUUUUGUUUGAUCGAUAAUUUGAUCGGAAGAAUUAUGUCCACGACGAAGAACAAUGAUGGGAGAGGCAUCAAUCGUAGUGGCAAUAAUAAUUGCGGCCCCGGGAUGAUGAUUCAUAGUCAUGAUAAGGGUCGGACUUUACCCGUUGACCCGAAUCUCCCCAGGUCCCGUUGCCAGAACUGCCGGCACUACCUCCACUUCGACGGCGUCGACGCCGCUCGCGCCGCCGCUGACAAGCUCUUAGCUCCUCCUACCUUCGAUGCUGCUCGCUCCGGUUACGAUUUAUUGCUUUUUUCUUUCGGGGUUCAAUUAAAUUUCUCGUUUUUGCUUUGUUAAUAAGAAUUCCUGAAGUUAACGAUGAGUUUUUGAAUUUUUUUUGUCGUGAUAUGAUGUGGCUCCAUUCUUGAAUUUGAUGAGCCAAAACGGCUGCUAAUUGAUGAUUUUCUUUGUUAUUAACUGUUUAGAUGAGUACGCUUUGAAUUCUGUAAUUUCCAUAGCUGAUGCAGGAUACUAACAUCAUAUAAGGAAUAUGAUUGACUUCUAGUCUGGUGGGAUUGAUUGGUAGAAAAUUUAGAAUCAUUAACUCAACAUAAAUGGCUAAGCGGAAAAGAAAAUGUUGAACAUGACAUGGUCUCUUCGAAUAUUAAUGAAACUAUAGGUAGAGUACGUUGGUAUGCGUGUCUCCUCAUAAUGGAAUACAAGCUUAGUUAUGUUUGUGGAUUUUUUGUUCAAGGGAGGGGAUAUGAUGAUAUUAGUGUGUGGUGAUGAUUUGGGAUGCAUGUGCAGGAGUACUGGGUCCUGCAGUAAAUGGGCCUAGUAGUAGUGUGUUAGCUUCAACACGUAUGGAUCAUUCGUUUGUCGUGCUGCCGAAGCAGCAAAAUCAGUCACCAGGGAUGCCUCCUCGCCCUCGUGUUGGAGGUGCUCAGCCUGAGCCUAAUAGUGUUCAGUCGGUUAGGGCAAUGGAAGAAUCGUUUGUAGUCGUGCCUCCUCCAGCAGCUUCUGUCUAUGAGUCAGAAUCUGGAGCUGAUGGAGUUGGAACUCAUUUGCUAUCGCAUGAAGGGGGCCCGACUAACACUCCGUCCCAGCCGAAUAAUUCUGGUUUCCACACCACCAUAACCAUCUUGAAGCGUGCAUUUGACAUUGCUACAUCCCAGACGCAGGUUGAACAACCAUUGUGUCUGGAGUGCAUGCGGGUUCUUUCUGAUAAACUUGAGAAAGAGGUUGAAGAUGUGAACAGGGACUUAAAAGCAUAUGAAGCCUGUCUACAACAAUUGGAAGGGGAUGCCAGAAAUGUUCUCAGCGAAGCUGAUUUUCUUAAAGAGAAACUUAAGAUAGAGGAAGAAGAAAGAAAGCUUGAAGCUGCCAUUAACGAGACUGAAAAACAAUGUGCGGAAGUUACUUCUCAACUGAAAGAACUGGACUUAAAAUCUAGUCGCUUUAAUGAGCUGGAGGAACGGUAUUGGCAGGAAUUAAAUAAUUAUCAGUUUAAGUUGAUAUCUCAUCAGGACGAAAGGGACGCAAUUUUGGCUAAGAUUGAAGUUUCACAAGCUCAUCUAGAGUUACUGAAACGCACCAAUGUGCUUAAUGAUGCUUUUCCAAUUGGGCAUGACGGAGAGUUCGGAACAAUCAACACUUUCCGCCUAGGAAGGCUUCCUAGAGUUCCGGUUGAGUGGGAUGAGAUAAAUGCUGCUUGGGGUCAAGCUUGCCUUCUCCUUCAUACAAUGGCUCAAUAUUUCCGGCCAAAGUUUCAAUACCGCAUAAAAAUUAUCCCAAUGGGUAGCUAUCCUCGCAUCAUGGACACAAACAACAAUACUUAUGAACUCUUUGGUCCUGUCAAUUUGUUCUGGAGCACACGCUACGACAAGGCAAUGACAUUAUUCUUGACCUGCCUUAAGGAUUUUGCUGAGUUUGCAAAUGCCAAGGAUAAAGAGAACAAUAUUCCUCCUCAAAAACAGUUUGAGCUCCCUUACAAGAUUGAAAACGACAAGGUGGAAAGUUACUCUAUCACCCAGAGCUUCAACAAACAGGAGAAUUGGACUAAAGCCCUCAAGUACACUCUUUGCAACUUGAAGUGGGCACUCUACUGGUUUGUAGGCAAUACGAAUUUCCAGCCACUCCUCUCGACGACGGGUACCUCUUCUCAACCGGAAGUUACAGCUGCUGCAGCAAGCUCUUUGUACAGUAGUCGACGACCUACAGUUGCCAAAUCCUGA